UUGGCGCUGAACGCGGCACAACUUCCGCUCUGCCUACGUGCGGCGGCCAUAUUACACUUCCGCACUUCAAGGGUAUCUGAAGACGCAAGGCAAGGCAACAUGUACCGGUUUGCUAAAGCUGCAGUGAACAUCAGCGGCCAGGCCGUGCGGCAGGUGAGGCAUGGAUCCAGCGUCCGCCAGGACUUCCACUCCAAGUACGGCACUGGUCUGUUGCUCAGUGGAGCAGUCUUCUGCACGGCCAUAUGGGGAUAUGUGGUGACUUCGACUGGUAUGACCUGGAAUCUGUCACCUGUCGGGAAGGUCAAGCCCAAAGAGUGGAGGGAAGAGUGAAGACCCGCCACGGCGGCAGAGCGGCCUCCGCCCGAGAAACCUUCUGUUUGUACAGAUGAAUAAAAUAAUAUCUGCUUGUUCAGACAGCGAAUGCUCUUGUUUAUUCCAACAUGUUUCUUUGUCCAAAUAAAUUGUGUGAUCUUGCUGACCCC